CAACAAUCAUCACCUCACUCACUCUCACCCCCUCCCCCUCCUCGCCCUUCACACCUUGACCCCGCCUGGCUGGCUGUCAGUCGACUCUACGACAAUGGGGGGAAGCGACACAAAGACCAACUCGGUCGACCCACUACCCUCAUCGACGUCGACAUCCGACCCAGACCCGACCGCGGCUACAUCAACCCCAGGCCACGACGAGCAAGUCGCCGGCAGCACAAGCAGCGCCGCACCAGCCUCGUCCUCAUCACCGACGACAUUGUCGUCUGACAAACCUCCAGAGCCGCCUGCCAAGGAUGAUCCUCCACCGCCCCAGCCUGAACCACCCCUCAUCCCCGCCAGAAGACGGCCCAACCCACCCGCCAAAGGCAUCCUCAAGCCCCCGCCACCACCAGUCAAGCCAACGCUCGGCAACCGUCUGCGAGACAUGGUCGUCGGGUCGGUCACUGGCGAAGCGCCCGGGCCAUCUCAGCCUCUUGGAGGGUCAAACGCCGUCAACUCUGCGGUCGGCACGCUGAAUGCCAUCUCUGGACGACUAGGUCUCGGAUUCAAUCGCUUCGUGGCGAACCAUGCUGGCGGUAGCGAGCUUGGGCACGCCGCGCCGCCCCCAAGGGGGCCCCCUCCUCCUCGGUCGACCGCGCCUUUGCAGCAACACGACGGCCCGUCUCAAGCGUUAACCCAGCCACCACCCGCCGAGCAAGCUCGGCCGUCGCAGCCUCUCAAGCGGGCUACCUUUGUUCUCCCCAGCCUCAGCAUCACCUAUCCCAUCAGCUCACGCGGCGAACCGUUCAGCCGCAAGGUCCUCCAGGAGCGGGAACAGGUUGAGACCCGCCAACGGACGCUAUUGACCGCAGCCAAGGGCGCCGAGUACUGGACCUCGAUGCGCCUAAUCAAGCUGUACGAGAGUGCGUGUAGAGGGCGAGAGGAGAAGCCUCGCAUCGCCAUUGUGAAGGCGCUACAGGCGAUCCCCCAAGCACCAAAGCCGCGAAUCAUUCAUCUCGUGUUACGAGACGUUCCCAGCCAGCCCUACCCAUCACCAUACCCAUUAGAACAUCCCCUUACACGCUACGCGGCAGAAGCGCUAGCUGAUGUCCUUGCCGUCGAGUGGUCACUUUCGGAUGUUCGCCUUGAAGGCGGUGUCAUCGAAAGGGAAGACGUGCUCAAGCCGAUUCUCCACGCUUUGCUCGUCAGUGGUACGCUCCCAAGCUUGAGUCUGGCGGGCAACAAGAAGAUUCGCCCAGAAGGGUGGCGUCUUUUGGCAGUGUUCUUGAAGAAGGCACGAUCAAUCAAGUUUGUCGACUUGUCCGAUACCACAUGGGACCGCAAGAGCAUCGAGUAUUUGGUUUAUGCUCUCAACGCAGCGCCGACCCACGCGACAGCAGCUGGAUCACCGCCAAUAGAGGCACCACAACGUCUGGUCCCGCCAACGGAUGGCGAUCGCCCCCCAACGGCCAACGGGUCAGCAGAGGGCUCGCAGCCGUCGUCUGCCAGAUAUGGCAUGUUCCUUCCCUCGGCUCCUUUCCUAAAGGACGACGCCACUCAGCAUCAGCCGGCGGCAGUGCAGUCGCUAAGGUUGGAUGGCUGUAACUUGCGGUCGGGGACUUUGGACGGACUGGCACACGGAAUCCGGACUUCAGAGCUUCGCCACCUGUCUCUUCGACGGAACAGGAUCAGUCCUCUCGGUGCCGUCGCUCUCGCAGUAAUGAUCCGCGACUAUCCCGACACUGCGUCGAUGAGCUCGUUUGGAACCGGCUCAAACUCGUCCGAGUCGAGCCUGCAGUUGCCAUAUGCUCCCCGGAACAGACGCCCUUCGCCCGAACCGCCCGCUGAGGACGCCAACCUUCCACCCAUCCCCUUGGUGGUCUCGUCGUCAGCUGGCGGUGUGACCUCGCGCGUUGUGCCAGAGGGAUACAAGGCGCCCCCACCACCAAAACACCCGUUAGUCAUGCCUGGCGGCGGUUACAGUGCGAUCCAGGAUAGCGCCGGCUUCGGCUUAAGCUCUGCACCGGUCGAAGGCAAACUCAUCGGCUCAGAGCUUGGUGGCGCUAGUCUCGCUUUACAGCGCAGUGUUCGUGCCCUCGACGGCGUCGAGCGAAUCGGAAACCUCGUCACGCUGGAUCUCAAGGGCAAUGAAAUCCGCACUGGGGUCUCAUACAUUGCACAGGUUCUCAAGCGGAACCGCACCCUCAAGGUCCUCAACCUCAGCGACAACAAGCUCGAACCUGCUGGCCUUGUUGCUCUGGCCGAGGCGCUCAAGUACAACUCGUCAUUGGAAACGCUCGACGUGAGCUCCAACCCUUGCAGUGGGCCCGCUCUGGAAGGCAUCGCAGCUCUCCGCACGUCGUUCACCGUCAACCAUAGCCUCAAGCGUCUGUUCCUCACCGACACUGGUCUUACGACCGAGGGUGCCAUCGACCUGGCCGAGUUCAUCCCAGAAAACCGCUCCCUCCUGCACCUUGAUCUCACAAACAACCCCUACAUUGGCACCGCUGGUAUCCUUGCCGUUUCAUCCGGCCUCAAGUCUAAUCGCAUCAUCCGCUGCCUCGACAUUUCCAUCCCACCAAACGACGGUGACCUUGCCGAGCUCUCCCAGACCAUCCUGCAAUCUUGUAUUCGCAACACAGAGCUGGCAGCCGCGGCCAGCAAGGACGUCAAACAUCCUCGUGUGGCCCAAGAAGCCAUCUGGGGACCGAUCAAAAAGUCCACCUUGGUGCGCCAGGUCAAGGAAGCCGAUGCCGCUCGAGCGCAAAAGGAGCGCGAGCAGGUUGCCAAGAGCGUCGAGGGCAUUGCCCGCGAGUAUGUCUACAGACUGAAGCCGGAAUCACUCCUUCCUGCGACAAAUGACACUAUCCGGAGCCUCGAGCAGUGGUACGAGGCUGGCCGUGCAGCUCGCGCAUCGCCCAUGUCCGUCUGGGAGAACCACAAGAUGCCAAGAGAAGACUUUAGAUCUCUGGUCGAGAGAGGCCGCGCUCUCACCGAGCGUCUCGCCGAGGCUAUCGAGCAGACCUCGGAUUCCGAGACGCUGGAAAAGCUGCUCGGCGUCAACGACAAGCUCACCGGGCUUGUCGCCUCUGCCAAGGGCUUUACACCACCUCCUCGCAUCUUAUUACCUUCCCAAAUCGCCUUCGCGGCUCCAGCUGCUCCAGUUGUCACCUCGACUCCUACGCAUUUAACCCCACGGAGACGCCACCAGCGCAACUCGAACUCGCUUGAAAUCUCGUCUCCAAACUUCUCCAUCGGAGACUCGGAUGCAGAGAGUGACGCCGAGGAGCUGGACGCCCAGUCGAUCGUGCCCGCUGUCGUAUCGCCAUCAUCCACUCCCACCAAGCCGAAGACAGCGAAAAAGGAUAGCGCUGCCAAGCCGCCUCCCCUCAAGUCGACGAACGCCUCGGCAAAUUCCACCCAGCCGGCAGAGCGCGAAAAUGGCAUUGGCAGCUCCCACUCCAGCUCGGACGACCUCACGCCUGCUGCCGAUCAACUCGUCGACGCCGAGCUCAACCAGGGCCGCGACCCCGCCAGCCCCGUCGAGCGUGCCAGCCGCAAGUGGGUCGAGGAGGAGGGUGAGAUCUUCCGCAAGGGCACGCGUCUUGGUGUCGUGGACGGCGAGAGCGAGAGCGACGAGGAGAGCGUGGGCAAGGCGCAGUCGCACAAGCCUGGUAAGACGGGUGAGGAGUUACGUCAGGAGAUUCUCGAGGCCGAGGUCCCGCGCAGUCCGCCGCGUCAGGUUGUCGACAUGACUGUGGAAGGCGAAGGUGAGGAAGAGGGAGCUCGAGGGAAUGACAUGUAACGAUCUUGGUUACAGGGCAAUGUAUUGUGAAGCAAGACUAUGCAUGAAUCUGGGC